AUGGGCGACAAUGCCGUUGAGGAGGGCAACAUCGGAACCAUGGACAUCCACGGCCGGCCCCGUCUCAAGGUGUGGACAAGGCUGGCGGAAACAGCCAAGGCUGGAGACAUGAAGAUCGUCCUGCAGGACAUCGUGGACUGGCAAGCAGGAGAGGAGUUGAUGGUGGCCGCGACAGAGAUCCCACACAAGCACUUCGACGGCAACGGCUUGCAUGGAGCGCCGCCAGUGGACUUCCAGAACGAGCGCGUGUUCAUCCGAAGCGUGGCCUCCGACAUGAAGACCAUCUAUCUCACGGCGCCCCUGGAGUUCCAGCACAUCUCCACCUUCUUCGUCCGGCCCCUGGACGACGAGUACAUCGACUUGUCGGCCGAGGUCGCAUUGCUGUCGCGAAACGUGAAGAUUCAGGGUGAUCCGACAUCCGAGCUUGACCAGUGGGGUGGCCAUACGCAGGUGGCGUUUGGCGGCAUCUACCGCAUCGAGAAUGCUGAGUUUUACCGCAUGGGUCAGACCGGCGAGAUGUCGCGGUACCCGAUCCACUUCCACAUCACCCAGGACUACGGCCAGUUCUGCUAUGCCAAGUACAACUCCAUCCAUCACAGUUUCCAGCGUGCGGUGGCCGUGCACAGCACCAACUACGUGCUGGUGAAGGGCAAUGUGGCCUUCGACAUCAUCGGGCACAUGUUCUUUAUCGAGACGGGAAUGGAGAUGCACAACGUGUUGGAAGGUAACCUCGCAGUCGGUGCGAUUCCCCUCUUGUCCGGCAUGCUGGAAAGCGAUCAGGAGCCGGCAGGAUUCUGGACAGCGGCCAUGAACAACGUCUGGAGAGACAACGUGGCGGUGACUGGAUCUGACGGUUGGUAUUUCCAGCUGCCCGGCACGCCCAUCUCGCACAACAUGGACAUCUACAAGAACACCAUCUGUCCCGUUGGCGACCGCAUUGGUGAGUGGACUCGCAAUCGCUGCCACCACUUGCCAGGCAGCUGCAUCCGGGUCUACUUGACCUGGUUUCCGCGCAAGGAGCCAUGCAACUCUGCUUCCGAUGAGAAUCCCCAGAUCCUGUUCAACACGACAUGUUGGGAAGUCGGAAAGGCUUGCUUCAACGCCAUGAAGAUGGGUUCCGUCCACAACCACCACAUGACAUCCGUGGAGGCGAAGUCGCAAGACAUGUUCAUUGUGAAGUUCAAGCGUGCAGCAGCCGUGACUCAUGGUGGCAAGUACGAGACGGACUUCGUGAACAUCCCUCACAUCAAGGAUUCUGUGUUUGCGGCCGUGAUGCCGCAGAAUCUCCACAAAAAGUCCUCGAGUCAGGGCCAGUCCAUUUCGUUGCCCCAGAACGAGCAGUUCUACACGGCCGACUCCAUGUGGGUGAACUUGGGUGAGACGCCGGUCUUCAAGGGCUGCACCAAGUGCUGGUCCCUUGCCAAGUGGCGCCAGGGCGUCCACACAUACAGAUCCGAGGGUCUCAGCUUCAUCAACGUGACCAAGAGAAUCAACGUCCACAAGAAGGAAGUCUACUGGGACUUCGAUGGCACCCUCACGGGCACGCCCAAGUCCUACACGACCUGGGCUGACGCGUUCAACCUGGGCCAUCCUGGUUGCAAGUAUACCCACGUCAACCUGAACGUCACGGACGAUGGCGGCUUGGAAGAAACAACUUGGUACAGCGACACGGACAUGUGGACAGACGACCCCUCCAUCUUCAAAGCCACCCUUGACUUCCAGCAUCGGCUUCGAAACAACACCUACAUGACCUGCACCACGCCCAUCCGGAAGCUGAACAUCGCAUGGCCCGAGCCGCAGGAGGUUCACCUUCGCGAGCUGAUCGUGACCAAUUUGGACACAGGGCUCUUCUUCGCCCACGAAUACGAGAAGCUUGAGCUGUGGGGCUGGGCAUUCCCAGUUGUUGCAAACCAGCGCCUCGCUAUUCGGCCGAACUUCCUCGGCAUGGACUUGACGCAGGCCGGCCUCCGCUACUCCUUCAGCGAUCUGCUCGCGGCCAAGCAGCAGGAUGCGCUGAAGAACAAACAGGUCGCAGAGCCCGAGUGGCUGCAGCUCCAGGUGGACUUCUGGAUGGACUACCAUCAUGUGAAGCUGAAGAACCCCUACUCCUGGUACGUGGGAGUCCGGCAUGGCGAGACGGCGGAACUGCAAGCGCAGAGCUUCGAGGAGUACAGGCCCUACCUCACGCAGCCCGACCCACUGGAGCAGCCGGAAAACCUGCCAUCCAUGACUCACGGCAUGAAGGACCCGAAGAGCUGGGCCAUGAACUUCCGCUUCCCUCUCCCGGCCGGAGGGCCAUCGUGGGAGCAGGAGCCCAUGAGCGCCCACUUCGAGGCGCGCAAGUGCCCGGAUGAGGGAUGCUUGCAGGGUCUUCCGGACCGGCAGCAGAACUGGUCGCACUACAUCCUGUGGAGCGAGAAGUUUGGUGAUGCUACCAGCGAGGUGGUGGAGAUCAAGAAAGAGGACUGGAUCAUGAUGGACCUGCCGGACGUACGUGUCAAGAACCUCACGAUCUACGGCAAGCUGUCUUUCGACGACAGUGAAGAUCGCUAUUUCGUCACAGACAACAUCCUGGUUUGGGGAACGCUGGAGAUCGGUACUAAAGACAAGCCUUUCGGUGCUGAGACGGGGAAGACAACGACGAUCGUGCUUCGUGGAUAUGUCUUGAACACGGAGGACUACGUCUACGUGGAGGAGCAGAGCCUUUGGGGCAAGGUGAUCGCCGUGCCGGGCACUUUCCAAACCUAUGGCGCUCCCAUCGACGAGACCUGGCUUCGCCUGGCAAUGACGAUCGGCGAGAACGACGAGUCCGCAUGCGUUUGGAACACUACCGGGCCCCUGGAGUGGCCGGCCGGUGCCCUUGUGGGCUUUUCGCCGACGGAGUUCGACAAUCCCUGGGAUCGCACGGUGUCUCGCACUCUCACAGAAGCUCCUGAAUACGAUGAAGAGAAUGGGUGCUACAGGCUUCGCUUUUCAGGCAGCCUGGGUGAGCGACGCUUCGCUGACGACAUCGAAGUCGGUGGCGGCAAGAAGGUCUCGCUGCGGGGCAUCGUCACCCGCCUUGACCGAACGGUCAUCAUCGAGUCGCGUGAGAUUGAUGGCACUGGCGGCAGCGCCUAUGGAGGUCACAUCGAAGUCUUCGACGUGGCUCUGGGCGAUCUGGCUGGCAGCAGUAUGGUGGGUGAAUGCGCCUUCCAGUACACCCGCUUCAACAACCUGGGAAAAGGAGCCCUCUCAGCUGCAGUCAAGAUCACCUAUGCCUCCAACUUCGAGCCUCCCCCGGUGCUCAUCUUCCACGGCAACUCGUGGACGGAUUCGGUCGAGUAUGCUCUCCACUUGGAGUCCUCGAACUCGCCAGUCCUCAUCACCAACAACGUGAUGUUCCGCUCAAUGAAUGGCGGCAUCUUCUCUCAGAAGGGAUCCGCUGCCGUGCAGAUCAAGGAUAAUGCCAUCAUUGGUCUCAAGCUGGCAGACACGGCUCCGCGAAUGACGCUGCAAUCGGAGACGGAUGUGGUUGUGCCACAGUACGCUGGGAUUCGCUUGGAUCAGCUGCCCGUGCGGAUGAUUGGCAAUAUCGUUGCUGGCUCCAGGGAUAUGGGCUACCUGACCCCAGCCGAGCCUUGUCCUCCUCGGGCGAUGUUUAACAACGAGGCCACGGCGGUGAUCGUGGGAGCCUUCCUUCUCACACAUCGCGGUGGGUCCUGCAUGACUUUCAACCUCUUCAAGGUGUGGAAAGCGGCACAUGCUGGCGUCUACCUGUCUGACACGACGCCGUCCAGAACCAUCUUGACAAAUAUUGUUGUGUCGGACUCCCACAUUGGCAUUCUGCCUUACCUCUCGAUCGGCUCCGCCUUCAGGCGCGUUUACGUGCACAACUCGACGUUGAUCGGCACAUCGCCUGCUGGCACCAACUGUGAGAAGUCCAAUUUCUGCCGCACUCAGACCGUCAGCGACCCAUACAUGGACACUUGCAGCUCCAUGUACAACAACAUCGGUUUGCGACGCGUAGGGUUUGUGGCUCCCAUCCGGACGAACAACAAGAAGAGUUGCUGGGAGACCAUGGAGUAUUCAGCCUGUCGGCUCAUGUCCACAGCGCAGCCGAAGCUGAAUGGUUGCCACCAGGCGUGGGAGAAGGACAUCCACAUGCAGAAGGGCUUGGGUUGGGUCUUCUUCGAAGACACCCAUUUCGCUUACUGGAAGUCUGACGACUGUGGCUACACGGAUCGUGCGAUCGCACCGAACAUGUUUGCAGCCGAGGUCAGCUUUCCGAUCUCCUUCACAAGAACGACCUGGUACGAGUCCGACAACGAUGCAAAGUUUGAGCUCAGCACGGAGAAGCUGGACGAUGCCUAUGGGGGCCGAGUCAGUCCUUGCAAGAGCACAGGAGGUGGCUGCAUGGGUCUGGAUCAACUCUUGCUCCAGGACAUGGAUGGAAGCCUUACAGGAAUUGCGAAUGCCACCAAUGCGACCAUCCUCCCACUUACGCCACGAACGGAGAUCGUGUGGGCAUCGCAGUGCAAUGCCUCACUCGGGGACACGUCCAUCGGUGCGCAGGCCUGCCCAAACAUGCUGGUUGACUUGCUCGAGAUGACCAACCUGGAUAGGGGUGCGAAAGACAUCAAGUUCGGUCCGCUGGUGUUGACCCCCGACGAGGAGGAGGACAACGGCUUCAACAAAGGAGUCCUCAGCAGUGUCGGUCCUUUCUAUGCCUCCUGCCCCUGUGGUUGGGAUUUCUCCUUCUACCACAUCUUGAUCAAGCCCGACUCGACCUACUACAUGGAAGUCAUGUCUCUGCCCGAGAACUUCAAGCUCCGGUACUGGAAUCCCAGGCCAGAGGCCUCUGUGUUGUUGGAGAUCUUCUACCCAGACUCUCGCGGCGUGAACGUCUUCGUAGGAGGGUCCAAGAAGCCCGACAUGGCGUUGAAGUUGGGUCGAAAGCCCACGCUGGAGGAUGAGCACGGCGCCCAUGUGGUCGAUGCUCAAGCACUACGUCUGUAUGUGACCAUGCGGGGUUCACCCGAAGGCUUUGCAGCCCGGAAGGAUCUCGUCAUCCGGCGCACACCCACGGUGAAGCUCAAGAUGAACAUCGAGAUCAGUAUCGUCGAGUUCAAUGGCCCACAGUUCCAGACGAACUUGGCGAUCCUGCUUGGAAUUCCGCCCGAGCGUAUCUCUGUGGCAUCUGUGGCAGCCCGGCGUCGGCUGAAGCUGGUGCACACCACUGUGGACGACUCUGAUGCGUCAGUGUGCACGGCGGAGGGGAUCUGCAAGACGCCAGGCCGACGUCUUGCCGCCGUGGACCUCACGGAUCUGGACAUCUCCAUCGAACCCUCUAAGGAUGCUGCCGCAGCAGCUUCGGGAGGAGACGCAGAAAGUCAAGGCGCUGAGGCGCUGAACGCCCAGGCAGGAGAGCUUGGCGAGGUCUCUUCGAAUCUUCAGUCUUUGGCUUCGGGCUCCGAGCUGGCGGCUGCAGCCGGCGGCGAGGUCACUGUUAGCGACCUCGAAGUUCCCGAGAUUCCCGAUGAGGCAAACAAUGAGGAGGUGCCCAGCGCCGAUGAAGUCGCCGAAGUCGAGAUCGUGGACGUCACCGCCACGGCUGCCUCGUCUGCUGCUGCAGAAGUGUCAGCCGAGGCUGGUUGCUCCGCGGCCUUCGGCGUUGCGGUCACUGUUGGGCUCACCAGCGGCAUUGCCUACACUCAGGCAGAUCUGGAACACGAGGGAACUUCCACGGCGCUGUGCAGCAGCAUCAACGCGGGCUACGCUGGCGAUAUUGCACUUUCGUGCGUCGCCGGCGUCCUGAAGGGCAACGUGGCGGCUUGCCAGCCCGUGGGCUGUGCCGAUCCGGUGGACGUGACGGUGGGAACAGCUACGGCAUCUGUCAGCCCACCGGCCAACAUGGCCUCCGGCAUUGUCUCCUCAGUGGAGUGCAGCACCGUGAACUCCUCGUACACUGGCAACUUCGAGCUGAGCUGCUCUAUGGGAACUCUCUCCUACGAUGUUUCGACCUGCAGUCCCGGUUGUGCCCCUGAGCAGAGCGUGGCCAUCACAGUUGCAGGGACAUCAGUGCCAUGGAGUCCUUCCGUGGUGAUGGCUUCCGGAUCCUCUGAUACCACGUCUUGCGAGCCAAUCAACAGCGGAUAUGCUGGAACAAUCCAGAUCAGUUGCUUCUUCGGCGUCCUCACCGCCAACCCCUCUGGGUGCAGUCCGAAACCGUGUGCCCAAGGGGAUCAACUGGAUGUGACAUUGGAUGGAGCUACGAGCGCCAUUACUCUGGGCCGCGAAGUGAAGUCCGGAACAUCCACAACAGCUUUCUGUUCGGACGUGAAUAGCGCUUGGGGCAACAGCUUCACUCUCAGCUGCAACCUGGGUACACUGAGCUUCGAUGUCUCCAACUGCCAAGCCGCAUGCACCACCUCGGCAACCAUGGACGUCACACUUGCGGACAGCACAGUCUCAGUGAGCCCAACCGCCACCCUGCUUAGUGGAGAGACAGAGUUCAACAUCCCGUGUUCGGGACUGCAUUCGGGCUUCACGGGCGUUUACACGCUGUCCUGCGUAACCGGCGCUCUUGCGGCGGAUACCUCCCAGUGCACGGAGCGGGGCUGCCUGGCCACCGACACGGUGGAUGUCACUGUGGGAAGCUCGACCAACCAGGUGGCGGCAUCCGAGGCCCUCAGUCAUGGAGGAUCCAUCGAACAGCUCUGUGAGGAAGUGAACACGCAGUACACCGGCACUUUGACCAUUUCGUGCUCCAAGGGAGCGGUGUCACUGGCCUCCAGCACCUGCAAUGUGAAGCCCUGCGAGCCCUGGGACUUCGUGGCCGCCACUCUACAGGGGGCUUCGGGCCUUCUCUACCCGAAAGAUCAGAUCCCCAGCGGGUCCACAGGUACAGGGGAGUGUGGCGAUGUGAACGUGGAGUGGAGUGGCGACUUUGAGCUGGCAUGCACCCUGGGCGUUCUCCAGGCGGGAGAUUCGUCCGCUUGCAGGAGGACAUGCUCGUCCUAUGGAUCAAACACGACGGUCACCAUCGAUGGCAGCAGUUACACAGUUUCGCCUGCCGCGCGCAUCUCGCACCUGGGCAAUGGUGUGCAGGCCUGCGGCAACGUGGUGUACGGAUAUGGCGGAGAAGUUCAGCUGAGCUGCGAUGACGGCACCUUAUCAGUGACCAGCCACAGCUGCCUGCCCGAACCUUGCCCGGCCGGCCUUCUCAUCGAGACCACCGUCUACGGUGUCUCGGGCGUGUCUCAGCUCCUUGCCGAUGUGGCACACGGUGGACAAGGGCCGGUGGAUUGCAACCUCAUCAACCCGGAGACGACGGGAACUUUCCAAGCUGCCUGUUCCGCCAAGUCUCUUUCCCUGGUGAAUGAGUCGGCAUGUACGAGGUCUUGCACGGAGACCUCGCCGGUACAGGUGAAGCUCGACGGCGACACCUUCACAGUGAUUCCAGCGCAGCUGAUCGAGCAUGGAAACAGCGCCUGGCAGAACUGCAGCACCUUCACUUCCGGAUAUAGUGGCGAGAUCCAGCUGGGCUGCAACGACAACGUGACACAGGUGGCCAGCGAACAGUGCAUUCCGAACCCAUGCGCUGACCCGCGCGCCGACGGGGCUACGACAGUCGAUGCCUAUGACAAUUGGUACGGCGACUGCAGUGCCGUGAAUCCGAGCCUCGUGGGGCAGAUUCACUACUCCUGCAUUGGCGGGCAGAUCCGCACCAACAGCUCGGCCUGCCAAGGCCCGUGCAACCACACCCAGAACUCGUCGGAGGAGACGCUUUCUGGAGGAGUGGAGAACGUCAGCUGCACCAUCUUCCUGGGCAGCCAGUGGGACGGCAUGGCCUACCUGCUGUGCACAGAUGGUGUUUCAACGGCGGACACGGCUGGCUGUGCAGAGGCCUGCUAUCCGACGGAGUCGGCGACGGUCACCGUGGUGGGAGAGAGCAACGAUGCUUCCUUCUCCGCGCGAACGAAAUCCGGCGAGACCGAGACAAUGCAGUGCUCCAGCUUGGAUUCGGCGUACCACGGCACGCUGACGCUGUCUUGCAACAAUGGCCUGUUGAGUCCCAGCCAUGCGUGCCACAAAAUGUGCACGACUUCAACAAGUGCGACUGCGGUCGUCGGCGGGCAGUCUGUCACGGUCUCGCCGGCCUCCGACAUCCUUCACCAGGGGACCCUGAACACGACCUGUGAUGGAGCAGUGUCGGGUUAUGCCAACGAUAUCGUGCUAAGCUGCAACGAGGGUGUCCUCUCAGCAGAUGCAUCGGCGUGCAAGGCGCCGUGCAGCACAGGAUCUGACGUUACCGUCAACUUCGCUGGCUCCCCGCACUCCGUGAGCCUCACAUCGCAAAUCCUGCACGGACAGACCGGCACGGAGAGCUGCAGCGAUGCUGACUCCGGCUACAUGGGGGACAUCGUCAUCCGAUGCUCCGAUGGAACGGCGACCCAGAGCUCCGAGGCCUGUACGGAGAAGCCCUGCGAGGAGGAGCUGGCCUAUCAACUAUCUGUUGCUGGGAAAUCUCUGGGCAAGGAGCUCGCAAGCGAGACGCCCCACGCUGCGACCAUCAUCGAGUCCUGUACGGAAGCCAACAAUGCCUACGACGGCAUCAUCACUGUGACUUGCAUCCGCGGCGGCCUCACCGCCGACCCGUCUGCUUGCGUCCCUGCUUGUCUCACGUCCUACACGACCGAGCUGUCUCUGGCAUCCACCAACUACACGGUGAGCCCGUUGAACCGCACCGCAGAGGGUGGCAACGAGACGCAGCAGUGCUCUGCAUUGGGUCCCGAGCACGGGGGGACAUUCACGGUCUCUUGCAGUUCUGGCGUCGUGAGUGCCACUAGCAACUGCAUGGUGGGAUGCAGCUCCACUGUUCUUGAUCAGGUCGUGGACAUCGUGGACAGGACUGGCGGAAAGUAUCCCAACCUGACUUCUGGAGUCUAUCUCAAGUCUGGGGAGAAUACCACCAUGGACUGUCCAUCAUCCAUGUACUCCGGCAGCAUGACCUUCAGCUGCAGCAGCGGCGUGCCGACGCUGACUCACAACUGCGUGGCCCUCCCUUGCCCUGCGAAUGACACCAUCCUCCUGGAGCUCGACGGAUCGUCCUUGAAUUACAGCCUUCAGGCCGAAAAUGUCCAUGAUGAGAACACAACCGUGGAGUGCAGCUCGGUGAACCCGGAUUGGCAGCAGAAUCUGCAGGUGAUGUGCAGAUACGGCCGGCUCGAGUCCGAUGCCUCAACUUGUGCUGGCGUUCCUUGCAGUACAAGCACAUCGGCGGGAGUUUCUGUUGGGUGGCUGAAUGCAACGCUGAAUCCGGACACUGAGGUAGCUCACGCCAGUACCUGGACGGUUCUGUGCUACAGCAUCAACACCGAGUUCUCCGGAGAUAUCAAUCUGCGCUGCAAGGGCGGUACGGUUCUCGCCGAUGCCAGCUGCCAGCAAGAGGAGGUCGGCUGUCGCCCGAGCGGACAGUACGCAAGCGAGACAGCUGCGGUUGGCAACUACAGCGUGGUGCUGGGUCCAUCCACCACCGUGGCCUCUGGUGGCACAUGGGAAGUGGAUUGCGAGAGCAACACAGAGGGCAAUUACUUGGGCAAAAUCACGGUGACGUGCGGUGCUCUGGGCAGCUACACCAGUGUGGACAACCAGUGCGUGGAGAGGCAUUGCCCCGCAGGAACCUCCUUGACAGUGUCCAAAGCUGGCUACACGGGAACCGUGGUCACGUCGGCCGACAUCGCCCAUGCUGCCGUGGGGACAGCAUCCUGCACCGAUGUGGAUGAGGGCCUGCAAGGCAAUCUUGCUUUGACCUGCGACUGGGGCGUGGUGUCCGUGGACACGUCGGCAUGUGACGUCGUAUGCUUGCCGUCACGCCCUGGGCAGGCCUUCAUUGCGGGCACCCCUUUCGAUGUUGCACCACCACAGGAUAUUCUGGACGGACGCAACUUCUCCAUCCCGUGCGUGGACCUGAUGGCAGGGUACAAUGGCAAUGUCGUUGGAACAUGCAGCGGAGGCUCCGUGAAUGCGGACUCCAGCAACUGCGUGGGCAUGCCGUGCGAAGCGGGAGAGGGCUUCAGCAUCACGCUGUACGACAAGACGGAUUUGGUGAACUUGACAGCAGACUUGGCCAGCGGCGCCACCGCCACCUUUCCGUGCUCCUCAGUGAACUCCGACUACGCAGGUGACAUCUCCUUCCGCUGCCUGGCAGAUGUGCUGCGAAAGGACGUCAGCGGUUGCGUGUGCCAGGACCAGGCGUGCAGCACUGCGCCAUGCAUGGCCACAGACACUUUCUUCGUCCAGCUGACGGACACGGAGGCCUCUGUGGCCAUCGGGGAACAGGUGAGCUCGCUGCAGACCGUAUCCCGGACCUGCGAGUCAGCCGCCCCCGGCCACGAUGGCAGUUUCUCCGUCCUUUGCAGCGGAGGUGUCUUGCACCCGGAUCUGACAACGUGCACGGAGCGUGGCUGCGACGCAUCUACAGCUGCAGCUCAGUUCAGCGUGGGUGGCACUGCGGCGCAAGCCACCACAUCGCAGGCCGUGUCUCACGGCGCCAGCUUCGUUUGGGGCAGCUGCGCCUCCGUAAACCCCAGCUUUAUUGGAUCUGUGAACGCCACCUGCCACCUCGGAGAGCUUCUCGUGGAUCGAAGUGGCUGUGCGCCAAAGCCUUGUGCUGCGGGCACCAUGGCCAACUUUGCGCUGGGCGGCGGCAACGCAGAGCUUGCUGCUUCCGCCUUCAUGGAACACUUGGGCGUGGCAAGCUUCGACUGCGCCGCUGUGAACCCCGACUUCCAUGGCACCUUCGAGGCAACCUGCGCUUUUGGCAACAUCACCGGAGUCACAUCCACCUGUGUCGAGAACCCUUGCGCCAGCAGCUCGUACGUCGAGGCUGAGCUGGGUGGGACGACCUCCCAGCAGUACUCCCCGGGGGUCCUGCACGGCGCGACCUGGACGGUGCCAUGCGAGCCCAUUAAUUGGGACUACAUUGGCGACAUGCAGAUGAGCUGCUACCGUGGCCACGUGCGCGCCGACAACAGCAGCUGUAUCCUGGUGGAACUUGGAUGCCAGCCAUCAGGCCCUGGGGGCAACCUCACCGUGGGCAAUUACACCGUGGAUCUGCUCCCCGUUGUGGGCGUGUCCAAGGACGAGACCUUCCAAGUCGACUGCGGCUCGCAGACGCAGCGGAAGUAUGUCGGAGAGAUCACCGUGACCUGUGGGCGUCGUGGAAGCUAUGCCAGCGUGGAGAGCGGCUGUGAGCCACGUUCUUGUGUGGGAGGUGAAGCGCUGCUCGUGCAGUCCCAGUACGUGAACGGAUCCGUUCUGUCUUCCGACAUGGCGCACCUGCAAGCCAUCAACGUCACUUGCGAGAACGUCAGUGAGGUCCUGCGAGGCGAUGUGCAAAUAACGUGUGACUAUGGCGACUUCCAGCUCUCGCACUCGUGCUACUCCGUUUGCCUACCGUCUCGUCCAGCACAGGCGACGCUGGGCGGAAAGGUUCACGACGUCAUCACCCCGGAGGUCUUGGCCAGCGGCCGGGGCUACUUCCUUCCUUGCAAUGACUUCGUGGCGAACUACAGCGGAACGGUCAACAUCUCUUGCUUGGCCUCCGACCUGCUCGCGAAUACUUCUGACUGCAUGCCAGAUCCAUGCCAAGACGAGAUCCGCAGCAUCAGCCACGAAGGUCUGGACCUGACCGUUCGCUUGGCCGGCAGCAACCUGGGUACGGACUCUCCAACGCCCAGUGGAUACCAGGGCAUCGGCCAGUGCAGUACAUUGGACGAGAUGUUGGUCGGCACGUACAGCGUGACUUGCGAAGCUGCUGUCUACGGCCUUGACUUGAGCAACUGCUUCUUGAACAGUUGUGAGCCGCCCAGUGCUGGCCUUGCCAGCCUCGGCAGCCACGUGCAGGCCGUGAGGGUGCAGAACAAGCUCAUCGAGGGCGGCAGAGAAGCCUUCCCGUGCACGGACGUCAGUUCGGAGUUUUCCGGCGAGGGUGAGCUGGUUUGCGUCUCGGGGCGCUUGUAUGCUAGCAGCGACAACUGCAAUUGCGCCAGCUCGGCCUGUGCCGCUGCUACCUGCGACAGCAGCGUUCGCGUCGUAGCCUCGCAAGAGGGCUACACUACGGUUAUCCACGCCUCAAAGACCUUGGCUCACGGUGAGACAGAAGCUGGCUCCUGUGGCCAGGUGCUUCCGAACUCCUGGACUGGUCAGUUCGUUGGCACGUGCACAAACGGAGUGCUCAGUGUCGAUCUAACUCAGUGCCAGCCCGGCCCCUGCGUCAGCCAGACGACGGGCACGGUUCAGGUCGGCGGCAAGAACUACACCGCCACCGUUUCCGCAGAGAAGCCACAUGGCGCCGAGUGGACUGGCCUGUGCUCGGACUACGAUGCCGAGUACGAAGGUGGCGUGUCGCUGUCCUGUUCCACUGGCCUCGUCUUUGCUGACGGCAGUGGAUGUGUUGAGCGCAGCUGCACCGAGUCGCAAAGGACACUGACUUUCGAGGACGGCGUUGUGAACGUGACGAUCACCCCACUGGCUUUGGGCGUCCCGAAUCAAACGACGCCCAGUGGAUUCAGCAAUUCCUCCGUCAGCUGCAAGGCCCUCAGCUCCGUCAUCGAUGGUGCUGCUAGCGCCUCUUGCUCCAAGGGCGUGUACUCCCUGGACGCUGCAGGAUGCGUGCCGUCAGGGUGCACCGCUGACCUCACCACCGUUGCCCAGAUGGGAACAUCCGAGCUGAUACUUCCUCUCGGACAAGCGCUGGCUCAUGGAGGUUCUGCCUCCAGGCUUUGCGCAUCCGUCAUGGGAGGCUUCUCCGGAGACUUCACUGCAGCGUGCUCUUUCGGCACUGUGUCUUCGGACAGCUCAGGCUGCAGUCCAGCAGGCUGUCCAGGAGGCGGAGUGGUCAUUGUCGUUGUCGGAUCGGAAUCCUCGGUGUCCAACGUGACGCAGGACAUGCAAAGUUCCGAAUCCUACAGCAUGAACUGCUCGGACUUCGACAUGAGCUACACGGGCUCCAUCAGUGUGACCUGUGAAGCCGGCGUCAUCAAGGCUGAUGCUACCACUUGUACCCCCGUGGUCGUUGCCGGCACCGUGACGCAGGAAGUGACGGUUGUCGAGAGUGCGGUGGCUUUCGCACUGCCCGCCAUGGAGGGCGUUUCCAAGGAUGAGCUGCAGGCCGCCAUGGACACGCCGGCCACGAAGCAGGCCUACGCGAAGACGCUGCAAUCCUCCCUGGGAGUGGAGAACCUGGAGGACAUCAUCAUCCUGCUCAUCCAGGUUCUGGAGUCCGCGUCUGGCGGACGUCGUCUCCAAAGUGGCGGUGCCUUCGAAGUGAACGUCGAGUUCCAGCUUCGCACACUGGAAGCCGAUGCUGAUUCCACAGCGGGCUUGACCGAUAAGAUCGAGAAGUUGGGUGAUCCUACAUCAUCCGAGCAGCAGGCUUUUGCCUCGAGCUUGGGCCCGAACCUACAGGAGGCUGCUGCUGCGGAUCCUAGCGCUGCAGCCCUCACUCAGGCAGCCCAGGCCGUGGAGGACAAUGGAGUGCAGGUGAAGUACACCAAGAAGCCGGCCGUCAGCGUCUCCGUCAUCGUCGUGGAGGCCAACAUCACCACCAAUGCCACGGAUUUCCUGUCUCCGGAGGUGGAAGAUGAGAUCGACACGAUGGGAUUGGCCGCGGCUGUUGUUGGAGGUAUUUUGGCAGCAGGCUUCUGUGCCUUCUUGGCCGGCCUCUGCUUCGCCUACCGGGUUGUUGGCUACUGGGAGAAGAAGAAGCAGAAGGAGCUUCUGCAAGACGAGCGGGAGUCCAAUCAUGUUGCCAACAUGCCGGGCGGGUUCGAUUACGAGGAUGAGAUUGGCGAGGCUGAGACCUCAAUGCCUCGAAUGCCUCCACCAAGUACUCAGCCAUCGCGCAUGUCCUGGGAUGACGAGGAUGACAUCGCAGAUAACCACGACCCCCCGGAGGUGCAAGUGGAGCAGUCACCACCGACCCCGAACGGAAGAGCUCCGGAGAUGAU